AUGGCUGUUGCUCAGCUCCUUAGUUUUCAGCCGUGGAGAAAACCGGAAGCACUGUCGCUCCAGGCCCGGAUGUACAAGUCUCUCGCCAAAGAUCUGCAUGGUUCAAGGGUUACGGAUGAAAUCAUGUUGGCUAUCACUCUAGUGGGUUGGUCAUCGUGUUGGUUUGAAGCCACGUCCCUAGGCAACGAACAUCAUCUGGGCGCAAGACGGCUCCUUUUACAAUGGCUGACUACCAGACGGCCACUUGUACAGGCAUCAGCUGGGACCGUCGACUACCAAUUCCUGGUGCGCGGCCUUAUUUUCUGGGAAAUGGUCUCAUCGUUCAUGAUGGACGAGAGUAGCGGGAUUGUCGAACUUAUCGAGCAUCCCGACUCGAAGAAAAAGAGUCCAGGUCUACGGGAAUUGGUAGUGGACCCUCCAGGAGAGUCUUCGCUCAUCGCCGUCGACGCAAGUAGUAUGAUCAUACCGCAUCCGUGGACUGGUGUGUCGACUGGUCUUUUCUAUCUCUUUGCCAAAGUCGGCCGCCUUCUACGAACCGAGGUCAAGCGAAUCCGAUCUCACGGAUGGAAUACACUGGCUUACGCUAAUGGCGAAUGUCGAUGCGAUGAAGAUGAGGGGUUGGCACGCAGUCAUGCACUCUCUCAGGCAUCGGAUCUGGAGAUCCAAUUGUUGAAUUAUGAGCUGCCACGGGCAGACGCAAUUCAUCCCACCGGCGACGUCUCCACCACCGUUGGAGAUCUGAUCGAUCUUGCCAAAAGCCACCACUUGGCUGCUAUGUUACAGCUAUAUAGGGUGUUCCCUGAGCUCCUUGAGCGCCGGCUACCCUUGAUCCAAUCACAGAAUGCUGUGGAUGGCGGUGAUAACAGAGAUCUUUGGGGAACAAGGCCUGCCCGGGAUGAUCUGUCCCAAACCUCCUCGCGCGAGGGAUUCCUCUUCAGCCUCGCCGGCCGCAUACUGCGAAUGUUGUUGAAAUUGUCGCCUGCCUCAAGCUCUCUUCAUGGCUGGGGCAUCGUGCUACUGAUAGGCGCCAACGAGUUACAUCUCGACCGUGAGUAUUUACAACAAGGUCGUGAUCAAUCUCCAGCCGAGUGUUUUGAACAACCAAGUCCAGAGCGACAUGUGAACGACACCCUGGGAUCAUACAGUUCAGACGACUCUUCGCCAUCUCGUGAGAAUCGGAUGCCCGAGACUCCGUUGGGAGCCGAACACAACAGCGAAGGCCUUGAUGAUGAGAUGGCCAGCUUGACGAGAACUCCGGUUCUGGAUCUUCGCUCCUUGAUUUGGAACACCUUGAGCCACCAGCGGCACACAAUUGGCCUGAGCGGGGUGCAACGCGGACAAGCCACCGUGCGAGAACUUUGGAGACGGAUGGAUGCAGGCGAUCCCCAUGCAUUCUGGCUGGAGAUCAUGUACGAUAAUCAUUGGGAAACCAUGCUGGCUUAA